UGGCAGAAAUGUUUUGAAAAAUAUUGUUUUAUCCCAUUGUUAACAGCAUGGGAUCUCUGCUCUUCAACGCUGCGCUGCUAGGCGGCGGCUUCGUGCUGGGUCGUGUGCCGUUGCUGCCGCUAGCGGCACAGAUUCUUGACGAGCUCAGUGCGCUUUCUACUUCUCGCAAGAUUGUCAUGGCAACGCUUCUGGUACUGCUAGUAGCUCUCUACGUGCUCGGAGUUUUAUUGCCAUUGCGCUGGAUCGCGUCACAGGAAGCUCAGAAGGCUGCGAGACUGGAGCAUCCCGAACCCACGUCGUUCCGCCGAGAAUUGCGACGUCGCGGCAGCUACAGCAUGGGCUACGUGACAGACAUAAAGGCCCACGUAUUUGCUCGCUGUUGAGAGCGUAACUAGAGUAGAAUAGACGGUAAAGAAAGAAAUUAAUUGGUGUAGUGUCUGUUAGGUUAUUGAUCUGGUAGUGGAGAAGGCAGAGGACUAGAAGACGACUUUUUCCUGGAGAAGAGCUUGGCCAACGAACGUUUGGCCUUCACCUGCUUAGGAUGAGUAUCCGCUGAUGUUGGAGUAGAUGGAGCCGAGGAAUCGGCGUCGUAGUGGUCACUGGACACGGAGCCGCGUCGAGCGUACAGAAGUUCCGUCGGUCGGAAGGAGGACGUUCUGGGAGUCUCCUCCGAGUCCUUAGCUUUGACGUCAGGAGAGGCUUCUGUCUGGAUUGCUAGAGGCACGACUGCGCCAGUGUGUGAUGGCCCGAUGGCAGUCAACGACGAUACCGUCGUGGAUAGCGACUUGAGAGGCGCCAGAGCAUCGAACGCCGCCCAUCGAGACGGAUCGAACUGGUCUCGUAAGAAAUUGCCGAUGUUGGUAAAAUUACGCCCAACCUGAGAGAGUACGUCCAGCACGAUGUCGCGUCGAAUCCGCAGUAAGAGAUCCAUGGGGGAGCAUGUCUUGUCACAGUACACAAGAGCUCGAGUUUUGACUUCAAAGCCUCGCAUGUCUUCCAAAGCUUGAGGCUGCGACGCAUGGGCUAGAUGAAGGUGGGGUGUGCUGCUAUUGCCCAAGUUGCUCUUCUUGUUCUUGAAGGUCAGCACCACCUCGACUGCUCCCAGUCGGAUACGCUUGAACAGAAUACUGUUCUUGGCUCGAUCUUUCGUAUCGUUGAUAUCUCGCUCUGCAGAGUCAGUAUGCUGCUCAGCUUCAUCGGACGAGUUGAAUAAUGGCAACUCGUUCGACUCGGACAAGUUUGCAAGCUUCGCGAUCCAUUGCGAUGGGUCCUCUGGUAUGUUGUGGAGCGUUGAUCCUUUGGUUUUACGGCCAGAAGGCAGCAGAUCUUCGUCACGGUGAGUACGUCCAAGACUCAGAGGGUGUGCAGCAGCUUUACCAGCGACCUUGACAGCCUUAAUGAUAGCCGAACCAACUCGUCCAUCGCUAGAACUACUCGUUCGAACCUGCAAGAAUUGAGAUCGUACUUCUUCUCGUUGGACAUCUUUGGUGCUACUGGAGGUGUCAGGGGGUGAGAAGAACGCUACCAAUUGCAUGAUCACCUCCUGUGUGAUGCACACCUGAAUCGGAUGCACGUUGAUCUCGAAAUGCUGGACAACGGUGGUCCCUCUCACAGGCUUUGCGAUCUCAGCAUCAAUACGAAAGAACAUAUCGUCUCCUUCCCACGAUCGAGAGUACACUGGCAGUAGUAAAUCUGGAUAAGGGGUUACCGGGCUGAGGUUGUUGACGGAUAAAUCUUGCAAUGUGAGCGCGAAUUUACCCGAGUGAUCCUCAAACAACUGCAUCUUGAAGCUCAAGGAACCUACUUGUGCCCGGAUAAUAUCAACAUUCUCACCGCUGAGCGUCAAUGAAGCGCGAUCGAGCGUAAAUUCCAAAUCCAAAUUGGGCAACGGGCUUGGUUUUAGUUGUUUCUGGACCUCGCUAGCCAUUAAACGAGUCAAUUCGGAAAGCACCUCGUACUGUUGAGUCAUCUGCUGCAGCUCAUCCGUAACCUGUUCGUCCUCGUAGCGAGUUGUGGUCGUAGAGCCAACCAUACCAAUGUUUGUUGCUACUGAAGAUACCGACGCCGACGACAUGUUUCGUCUUCGAGACAUUGGCGGUGUUUCGACCUCAAAUAGUAGAUUUCGAGUACUCUCUGUGGCAGUCAUCGCUCGUUCACUCCUGCGGUAAUCCCAACCACACAUUUGUCGCCAUUCCAGCGCAGCGAUUUUCCACUUUAGUUGCUUUUGUAACGCAACAAGUUGAUGCAGAGAACGCUCACGACGCGGAGCUUCUCUCAGAUAGCUAUGGAGAAGAUGAGAUCGAUCUUGACUCUUCUUCUCAGC